AUGCAUUGGGCUGUCCAAAGUAAGAAGGACCAAAUGCUGGAAGCUCCUAACCCAAAUAACAGCAACAUAACUAAUGAGAUUUGGACCCAACAGACUGAAAAUAAUGAAGAUGGAUUGUCAGAUGGGAACAGGGAGCAAGAAGAUGUUGCAAUUCCUGAUGUGAAAGCACAGUCUUCAAAGAAUCCAGACUCCCCAAGAUUUUCAGAGGCAAAUCACUGGCACUUGCGUUUCCGCUGGUCAGGGGAUACUCCAUCAGAGCUUCUGAGGAAGUUCAGAAACUAUGAGAUCUAAAAUGCAAAAUACACAGGAGUGUGAGGUCAUCUGUUCAGCAAUUCAGUAUUUUUUUGGUCAGCAGUUAUUUGUAUUUUGUAUUAAUUUAUUGUGAUAUAAGCAUUGUUCGAAUAAAUG